AUGGGUAUCUGGGACGCCCUUUCCGAGAUUGUCGAGGCCGUUACGCCAUGGAGCGUUGUUGAGGCCGAGGCCCCUGCCGAGGAGCCCAAGGAGGAGCAGGCCGCCGAGGACGAGUCAAAGGACGAAGAGACCUCGGAAGAGGCUACUGAGGAAGCUACCGAGGCCGCCGAGGACGCCGAGGAGGGCGAGGAGGAGGAGGAGGAGGAGGAAGAAGAAGAAGAAGAGGAUGAGGAAGAGAUUGUCGACCCCAAGGAGACUCUUGAGGAAGAAUGCAAAAAUUCUGCUCAGUGUGCCCCUGCCAAGCACCACUUCGACGAGUGUGUCGAGCGUGUUCAGCAACAGGAGAGCGAGGGCGAAGCCAAGGAGGAUUGCGUCGAGGAGUUCUUCCACCUUGCCCACUGCGCCACCGCCUGCGCCGCUCCCAAGCUAUGGUCUAAGCUCCGAUAA